ACCUGAUGCUCCCCGAUGUGCCCCUGGGCCAGUACGCCUACGUGCGGGGCGGGGGCGGCCCCUGGGCCAACGGCUCAGCCCUGGCCCUCUGCCAGCGGUACUACCGCUGGGGCCACGUGGACCCAGCCAAUGACACCUUUGACAUCGACCCGAUGGUCAUCACUGACUGUAUCCGGGUGGACCCCCCUGAGAGACCCCUUGUGCCCCCCAGUGAUGAUUUCUCCCACUCGGAUUGCAUCACCAGUUACAAGAACCUCACGCUCAAAUUCCACAAGCUGAUCAACGUCACCAUCCACUUCCAGCUAAAGACCAUUAACCUCCAGAGCCUGAUCAACAAUGAAAUCCCAGACUGCUACACUUUCAGCAUCCUGAUCACAUUUGACAAUAAGGCACACAGUGGGCGUAUCCCCAUCAGCCUGGAGACCCAGGCCCACAUCCAGGAGUGUAAGCACCCCAGCGUCUUUGGCCACGGAGACAACAGCUUCCGGCUCCUGUUUGACGUGGUGAUGAUCCUCACCUGCGCCUUCUCCUUCCUGCUCUGCGCCCGCUCGCUGCUCCGAGGGUUCCUGCUGCAGAACGAGUUCGUCAGGUUCAUGAGGCGGCAGCGGGGGUGGGUCAUCAGCCUGUGGGAGUGGCUGGAGUUUGUCAAUGGCUGGUACAUCCUGCUGGUCACCAGCGAUGUGCUCACCAUCUCCGGCACCAGCAUGAAGAUUGGCAUCGAAGCCAAGAACCUGGCAAGCUACGACGUCUGCAGCAUCCUCCUGGGCACCUCAACGCUGCUCGUCUGGGUCGGCGUCAUCCGCUACCUGACCUUCUUCCGUAAGUACAAUAUCAUCAUUGCCACACUGCGAGUGGCCCUGCCAAGCGUCAUGCGCUUCUGCUGCUGCGUGGCUGUCAUCUGCCUGGGCUAUUGCUUCUGUGGCUGGAUCGUGUUGGGUCCCUACCACGUGAAGUUCCACUCACUGUCCACGGUGUCCGAGUGCCUGUUCUCGCUUAUCAACGGGGAUGACAUGUUCGUGACCUUCGCGGCGAUGCAGGCGCAGCAGGGCCGCAGCAACCUGGUCUGGCUGUUCUCCCAGCUCUGCCUGUACUUCUUCAUCAGCCUCUUCAUCGCGCUGAUCACCGGGGCCUAUGACACCAUCAAGCACCCGGGCGGAGCGGGCGCCGAGGAGAGCGAGCGCCAGGCCUACAUCGCGCAGUGCCAGGACAGCCCCACCUCGGGCAAAUUCCGCCGCGGGAGCGGCUCCGCCUGCAGCCUCCUCUGCUGCUGCGGCAGGGACGCCUCGGAGGAGGAUUCGCUGCUAGUGAAUUGACUCGGACCAGGGUAGCCACCGGACGUCAGCCCCCGGACUGCGGAGACCCAUGCUUAUUUAUUUCUAGGGUUUGCUUUGAAGGACCGGCUCCCUGCUGCGCCCUGUGCGGGCCUGGGCCAGUCGGGUUGGACACGAGUGGGACAGGGGUAGGGUGGGUGUUAAAUAAACGGGAAAAUAAAAAGAUAGCAUAGAUUCCCAGGGUGACGGCUGGCAGUAAGCUAGACCAACUCUACAAGAAGUCAAGCAGUGGAGAAGCAGAAAUUUUAAUAAAAUCCAGGGAGCAGGGGUAGGAGAUCCUAUGUUUUAAUUAGUUCUACCUCUUUCAGU